AUGCAUGGAUUGUUUGAAGGGCUUGCAAAAGAAGUGAAACAAGUGCAGGGAAUGCUUGGUGCAUCCCCUACCAAGCAUCAGGGGCUUGGUGCCCUUGAUGGCUCUCAAAGGCUUGGAGCCUUCAAGAGUUGUCUUGAUGAGACUCCAUCUCAUGGAGGUGCUACUUCAUAUAGUGCAACUUGGGGCAUUGAAGACUGCCAGCUUUCCUUGGCUACCCUGGAGUCCAUCUUUUACUUCCAAAAUGAGACUCAGCUGUUCAUGGGACAUCCCAUUGUCCUAUGGAAAGGGGGCUGGGAUGUCCCACAGCAGCUUCUGAAGCUAUCAUGGGACAUCCCACUGGCCUCCAGAGAGGGGGUGGGAUGUCCCACAGUAGCCUCCAAAGCUAUCAUGGGACCUCCCACUGGCCUCCAAAAAUGGGGGGUGGGAUGUCCCAUCAUUGCCUCUUGGUUGUUCUACAUAGAUGACCUUGAUGAACAUGUGACUAAAGGUGAGACUGAACCAGCACUCUCCUGGGUGUUGACCUUGUGGUUUAAUCACUGA